AUGAAUCCAACAAACAUCAUCUUAACCGUAACUUUCCUGGGCGCCAUUUUUCUAAUUUCACUACUCUUUGGUCUGAAAGUUCUCGUUAGUUGUGAAAAGAACAUGAGAGAAUCUCAAAAUACUAAAAUUAAAUCAGUUCAGGAAAUCUUUCAUAAAUCCAGGGAACUCAACAAGGACGACUUAAGAGCGAAUGCUUGUUACGAACCUAAAAUGUUUAAGCCGAUGACAAUAAAACAGAACAGAACUUCUGGAUACAAUUUCAGAGCGGCGACAAUGAAAAUGAAUGACAAGAAAAUCAAAAUGGACGACGUCCGUCUGGUCAGUCUAAUCAGGAAUUACUGGAUAUAUAAUCCCUCUCCUCUGCAGUACAAGUUCUACGACAACAAAAUUGACUAUUCAUCAGGGCAGUCGUCUCUUGUAGACUCUUUGUUGGAGAACAAGGAAAGAGGUUUCUAUAUCGAAUGUGGUGCUUUUGAUGGAGAGUUGCAGUCAACAUCAUUGCUAUUUGAGAGAUAUCGGAAAUGGCAGGGAUUGUUAAUCGAACCCGAUCCAAUAAGCUACAGCAGACUGAAAUAUAAGCACAGAAUGGCCUUUACUAUUAAUGCCUGUAUCAGUCCCUAUCCAUAUCCAGUCAUGAUGAAGCUCGAACGAAGAGGCUUGUAUUCAAGAAUAAUGUGGAACACUUCAUCCGAUGGAUCUGAUUACAAUGACGUUCAGUGUUUCCCGUUAUAUUCAAUACUUCUAGCCUUGAAAUUACAAGCUGUAGAUUUUCUUAGUAUAGAUGUUGGGGGCUUGGAGCUGGGUGUCUUGAAGACGAUGCCACUGAAAUCAACAAAUAUAAACAUUAUAUCCGUUUCUUGUGACUACUGCAGCGAGAAAAAUGAAACUGAUAUGGAGAAAUUUCUUCAAGAUCACGGCUACUCUUUCGUCUCAAAACUUGAAAAUUUUAAGAUGUUAUCAAAAGACUUGAUUUUUCAACGCCGCUAAAUAAAUGUUCCAAGGAACGAAAACACCUGAAACACCAUCCACCUUUCCGU